AUGGGAAUUCAGGGAUUGCUUCCAAAUAUAGAUAAAGUAAGUAGAAUAAAGAAGAUAGAUGAAUUUAAGGGAAAGAGAGUGGCUAUAGACACUUAUGGAUGGCUACAUAGAUCAGCUGCAAAUUGUGCUGAAGAUUUGGUUCUGGGUAGAUCCACUAGAAUGCAUAUCCAAUACUGUAUAGAUCGUGUUAAUUUACUGAAGAGUAAAGGAAUAAUACCUGUCUGCAUUUUUGAUGGUGCCCCCUUACCUAUGAAGAGAGUUACAGAAGAAGAAAGGCAUAUGAAGAGAUUGGAAGCAAAGAAGGAGUUAUUGCAACUAGAAAAAAGUAGAAAAUGCUCAAAUAGUUAUGAAAUACGCAAUUUAUGCCAAAGAGCAUUAGAUAUUACUCCUGAUAUAGCUCACCAAGUAAUUGAGGAACUACGGGAUCAUCACGGGAUAGAAUGUAUAGUAGCACCAUAUGAAGCAGAUGCACAAUUAUCUUAUUUAUGUCGAACUGGAUAUGUUGAUGCUGUAAUAACGGAGGAUAGUGAUAUGUUGGUAUUUGGGAGUCCUUGCACAAUAUAUAAGCAUGAUGAUAAGACGGGAAUAUGCAGAGUCAUAUACUGGGGAGAUUUACCAAGAAGUGGCAUACUACGACAAAAUAUAUUUACAUAUGAAAUGUUUGUAUUAGGUUGCACUUUAACCGGCUGUGAUUAUGUUAAAUCCCCACAAGGAGUAGGAAUUAAGACAGCUAUGAAGCUUGUGCAAGAGUAUUAUGGAGAUUUAGAAAGAAUUAUUCUGCAAUUACAAACUAUUGGAAAAAAUGUUUCAUCUGACUAUUCAAUAAAUGUGCAGAAGGCACUAAUAACAUUUUUUCACCAAACUGUAUAUGAUCCACCUUCUCAGAAGCUAGUGCCACUAUCAAAGAGUACUUUACCACAAUACAAUAACUCUAACAAUAUUAAAGUGUCUAAUAUUCCAAUAUUUAGAGAGUAUAAUCCGGAAAAACAAAUAGAAAAUAAUAAUAUGUAUGAAUUUGUUGGUCCUUUCUUAGAAGAGAAACUAGCGAGAAAUAUAUGUAUGGGAUAUAUUCAUCCAGAAACUUUGAGAGCAUAUUCUACUAAUGAGGCUGUGUCUGAAGAAGUAGUUGAUGAAAUAACAUCUUAUGCAAUAUCCACAGAAAAAAAGGAAAAUCUUGGUGGUUACAAUAAUGUAAAGGGACAUGAAGGUGUUUUGGAACAACUCAGCAAUAAAAUUCAGCAAAAUGAACAGCUUUACUAUUCAGAAGAAUUGUUGGAGAUUUCAGCAAAAGAAGUUAAUAGUGAAGCUAAUACAGAAAAUAAAAGUAAUUGUAAUUUAAAAUGGUAUGAUAAAGCAAAUAUGGGAAGAAAAGUAAAGAGGAGAGCAAUUUGGUUAAACGCAAUGGCCAGAAAGGAUUUGCCAAAAUAUGACACAAUCAGUCCAAAUGAUCAGUUAAUCAUACAAUCACUAGAUAAUUAUUCAUUUCAUUGA